AUGGCAGACUCUCCUGGCGACACGGUCUCCCUAGGGAGGGGAGCCCCGCCGCUCCCAGCCCCUCUCCCCCAGACGGCUGGGAGGACGGGUGGCCUGGACACUGCGCCUGAGGCCCGCCCCGUGUGGAGGCCUGGGGAGGGCUACAGCUCCCGGUUCAAGGUCAAUCUUGCCGGGGACGGUCUUCACCAUCCCAAGGGGCCCUUCCUCCUGCACAGAUGGGGUCAGGCGGCGGUGGCAGCCCCGCAGGGUGGGCGAGACAGCCCACCCAGGCUACGUGCCCUCAGCACGGCCCCAACAGGCCCCGGGGUCCGGCUCACCACUCUGCUCCCUGAAGGUCUCGGUGAGCCUGGCGCCCAAUGCUCCCAGAGCGGGCCGGGCGGGGAGGGGACGGCAUGGCCCAGACACGGGUGCUGA